AUGCCUGCUCCAUCAAAGCCUACAGAUCCAUCUCAGGAGGCUCCUCCAGCAAAGCAGAUUAUGCCCCAUGAGGAGACUACUACAGACGUCAUCAUCAAUGUUACCAUCACCGUCGUCGUUACCAUCGUCGUUACCGUCACCAUUAUCACCACUGUUACCGACAUCAUUACUGUCACCGUCACCGUUAUCAUCAUUGUUAUUGCAACAAUUACUGUCACCAUCACCGUUACUGUUACCAUUACUGUUACCGUUACUGUUAUCGUAACCAUUACUAUCACCAUUAUCGUCACCAUCACCAUUACUAUCACCGUUAUCGUCACCAUUGCUGUCACCAUCACCGUUACUGUUAUUGUGACUGUGACCGUUACCAACAUUGUUACCAUCUUCGUUACAAUCACCGUUACCAUUACUAUUACCGUCACCAUUACCAUUAUUGUUACCCUUACCAUCACCAUUAUUGUUAUCGAUACCGUCACCGUUACUAUUAACGUUACCGUCACCAUUACCGUUAUCGUCACCGUUACCGUUAUCGUCACUGUCACCGUUAUCGUUACGGUUACCGUUCGCGAUACCGUUACUAUCACCGUUACCAUCAUUGUCAUUGUCACCAUCACUGUUACCGUCACCGUUAUCGUCAUCGUUACCAUUACCGUUACUGUUAUUGUUACCAUCAUAUAA